AUGGUUACAACCAGCAGGUCCCAACCUCGAAAGCGAGGCGAGAACAACGAGAUUUCCACCGCCGAGCUGACCGAUAAACUUAAUGUGCCUGCUCCUGAUUUCACAAAAGAGCAUGUCAUCGGGGGCUGGCGGCCAGGCAUGGAUCCUCGAGUUGAUUACUCGGGUCACUUCGAGUUUGGCGGUUCUUUGGGGUGCCUGGGCCUGAUGACGGGCUUCCCUCUCUUGAUGUGGUACAUGUGGAUCGGCGCGACCUACUACGAUGGAAAGCUGCCUCUUCCCCAAGACGAUCAGUCCUGGCUUGAUUUUGGUAGGCACUUGGGACAUCUGGUAUACACGGGCGCAUUCCCUCAUCUCCGAGCAUGGCGCAUUUACUGGACCUACUUCAUCUUUGAAGCCGCAUGCUACGUCCUCUUGCCAGGCUUCACCUGCUACGGGAAACCUCUUCUCCAUCUGGGUGGGAAACAGCUAAAGUAUCACUGCUCCGCCUAUGCUAGUUUCUACGUCACCAUCGUGGUUAUGGCCGUCCUACAUGGCACCGGACUAUUCCCGAUAUACACCUUCCUCGAUGAGUUCGGCCCCUUGAUGUCCGUGGCUAUCAUCUCUGGCUUCCUCGCCAGCUUCGUGACUUAUGUCUCUGCUUUUGCUCGUGGCGCCCAGCACAGGAUCACUGGUUAUCCUAUAUAUGACUUUUUCAUGGGCGCUGAAUUGAACCCUCGUCUAUUCGGUAUCCUCGACUUAAAGAUGUUCUAUGAGGUUCGCAUCCCAUGGUUUAUGAUGUUUGGCCUAAGCUGUGCUGCAGCUACCCGCCAAUAUGAGCAGUAUGGAUAUGUCUCUGGCGAGGUAUUAUUCCUUGUCAUGGCCCACUACACCUACGCCAAUGCUUGCUCUAAGGCAGAGCAUCUGAUUACGACAACCUGGGACAUGUAUCAAGAGAAACUUGGUUUCAUGUUGACGUUCUGGAACAUGGCAGGCGUUCCCAUGUCGUACUGCCACUGCACGCUAUACCUAGCAAACCACCACCCUUCAACGUAUGCUUGGAACAAGUAUGCGCUUACUGCACUAUUCGUCUCUUAUCUCUUCGUUUACUGGGUCUGGGACUCGGCCAACAGUCAAAAGAACGUCUUCCGCAUGAUGGAACGCGGUACAUGGGUAAAGCGUCAUACCUUUCCGCAGCUGCCAUGGCAGGAACUCCACAAUCCAAAGACGAUUGUGAGCGAGAACGGGGAUACGAUUCUAAUAGACGGAUGGUAUGGAUUGGCGCGCAAGGUUCACUAUUCAUGUGAUAUGUUUUUUGCAAUCUCCUGGGGCCUAAUCACAGGUUUCAAUAGCCCGUUCCCGUGGUUUUAUCCGGUGUUUUUCUGUGUGAUGAUUGCUCAUCGAGCUAUGCGGGAUAUCCACAAAUGUAGGACCAAGUACGGUCAGGCGUGGAAGGAGUAUGAAAAACAGGUUCCUUACCUUUUUAUCCCGGUAGGUACACCUACCGAUCCGUAG